CAGCGUUGUUUAUAAAGCAGUGAGUGAAUGACUUGCUAUUAAAUAGUCUGGCAACGUCAAGUGACUCAGCUGUUGCAAUGCACUGGCAACACUGUCAGACGCUAAACAAAAAAAGAAAAAUAAGCAAAAUGGAAACAGCGGGACCUGGUGCAGAAAUUGAGCUUCUCGAGCGUGUUUUGCUGCGUCUGGGAAAUGCGGACACCGAUGAGAAGCUGGAGACAACUGUGGGCAAGUUCCUAACGCCCGUAAUUCUCAAAAUUAACUCGCCCGACAAUGUAGUGCGCACAAAGGUUGUUGAAGUGCUGACACACAUAAAGCGACGCGUAACAUCGCGUGGUCAGGUGCAGAUACCGGUAGAAGCGCUCCUGGAUCAAUAUGCGGCUCCUGACAGUACCACAUUCCUCAAGAACUUUGCCAUCAUCUUCAUUAGCAUGGGAUUUCCUCGUUUGCCGUUGGAGACACAAGCAGCGCUUGCCUCAAAGAUUGUGGGCUGCGAGAGUAAAAUGGAGAAUUAUCAAGACAAGCUCUUUACGCUGUUGUUGCCUAUCUUGAGUGACAUCAAGAUUCCCGAUGAUCCAGCACAACGAGCCGAGUUGCUUAAACUCAAGGAUAAACCAGCAAUUAGAGCCAGUUUCUUGUCCUUGUUGCAGGAUGUUCUAUUGUUGCCAUACGGCAUUACACAGGAACAGGAUGUACCACCCGGACUCAGUCCAUAUAGUUUUAAGCGCGUCAUUGCCAACAAUUGGCGAGCUGAGGAACUGGAGAAGAUCAAAAAGGGAAUUGUGCGCUUCCUAUGUGCCAGUGUAUUUAGUGAUAACGAAAUCUUUGUGCUCCUCGUCGUUGCAUCUGCGGACACGCGCUUCAGUGUGGCGACGCCCGCCAUCGCUGAGCUGAGCAAGCUUUGCACAAUGCUGGACUUUAAUAAUCCAGCUGUGACCUCAGCUCUCUAUACGCUCUUCAUUGGUCAGCAGAAUCCGAUAACGGAGCGACAGACGCGUCCGUGCUGCGCUCGUGUACGUCAGAAACUGUUGCAGUAUCUGAUUAAAUGUCGUGGCAAGAGCAUUAAUGUCGGCAAGGGUCUCCAGGUGAUAUUUGAUGGACUCUUUGGCACCAAUACCAAUCAAAAGUGCAAGGUGUUGGCGCUACAAUUUGUGGAACUAGUGCUCAAAGAUGGACCCCGUGAAGUGGUUUCUAAGGUUUCCAAGGUGAUACUGACAGGCAUCACAAAAGUUAUUGGUCGUGACUCUGUGGAGCCCAAUGAUGUGCAGAAUGCUGCGUAUUCAGCUUUGGCACAGCACGCGCGUAGCUUCCCACAAGAUGUCAGCCAGGACCUAAAGCUGGUAUUGGGCUACUUCAAUAAUCUGGCGAAUUGCGAGGCCAAUCUGCAUAGCUCGAUACGCGAAGCCCUAGUAUCAAUGGCUCCAGCGUUUGCGUGGAAAACAAAGACCAAAUCCGAUGCCAUGGACGUGGAUGGCGAUCCAUCGGAGGUCCAUCUGGAUGGACAACAGCAUCUAUUGCUGGCCAUGCUGUUGGACAAUGCCGAGUCGAAGAUACAAAUUGUGCAAAAUGUGACCAGUGUCUUUCUAACCAGCUGCUAUCCAGAAUUCUAUGCCCCUGCUCGUUACUUGCUGCUCCUCAUCGCUGGCGAACGCAAUUCGUUGCGCGAGAAUGUGACCACUUAUUUGUACGGCACUUCGAAGAAAGAUCAUGUCAACUACAGCAUGCUUACCUCUAUUGAUCAGACAGUUAAACACGACACCGAGUCCAUUAGUGACUUUAAUCAUCUGUCGAUGGAGCAGCGUCGUGUUGUGCUGCCCAGCUUCCCUGUGCUGAUGGCCCAUGUACACGACAUGUCCAAUAAGAGGCUGAAAAAGAGCACUUCAUGCGUUGUAGUCGGUCGCACCAAACUACCCUACACUCUGGAAGUAUACGAAGAGAUACUUGACUAUCUCCGCCUAUGCUUGUGGUACUCGGCGGGUGUUGUGGCUGCUCCUGGCGAUGAGAAAUACACGCGCGAGCUUCGCAACUACAUAAAGAUUAACUAUGACGAGGAAGAGACCAAUGCUCUGCAUCAAUAUAUGCAAUUCGUGCAGCGUGGCGUCGAAGCUAAGCGAACGGAAUCGAGUCUGCUUUGUCUUUAUGAUUUAUUGAAUGCUGCUCCCGAGCUAUUUGCAUCCAAGCAACUACAUCUCCUUGAACCAUUGAGCAAUUCACUGAAGGAUGUCUCCGAAGUAAUGCGGAUUAAUGUCGCCCAGGUCUAUGGCAUAUUGUGGGCUUAUGGAAUGCAGGACGAUAAGUUCGAUCAGGAGGUGAAGGAUUGCUUAUCCAAUCUGCCACAAAGAACCUUAGAACACAAGCAUGGUUGGCUCCUAGUUUUGGGACAUGCUUUCAAUCGCAAAAUCGAACAUUUAAACGAACAGAAAAUUCGAAAAGAUUAUGACCAAUGGACUGAAUUUAUUAACGCUGUGAAAGUUAUUGCAAAAAUGCUUUGUGAUACACGAUGGCUUCUUGUAUCCGCGGCCGUAAAGUGUACUUCGAUGAUUGGCAAGACGGUGGAGAUACCGAAUGUGCAGGUGGAAAUCCAAGUACAGUGCAGCAACAACGAUGACGAUGACGACGAGGAGUUGGCCGAGUAUAAGAGCAUUGAGGCAUCCACCAAAAUGAUCAUCUUUGGCGUCGUCUUCCAGCUGCUGCGCAGCACCUCAGCCCGACAAAAGAUUCGCGAGGAAGCGGCAAAGUGCUUGGGCUAUUUGGCAAUUGGCGAUGGUGCACACUUUACUAAGCGCAAUCUGGACAAAUUCUUAACCUUGGCCAAGGUGCAAAAAGAUGCAGCAUUGAACAUUGCCAUCUCUGAGGCCAUUGUUAUUACUUUAUGUGGCUACGAUGUGAAUCGAGGACCACCGUCUGAGACUUUCCAGAAUAUACAUUGCAGCGAUGCGGAUUUUGAGCAGUUUCUGACUGCGUUAAUACGCCUGGUCACCGAACCCAAUCCUCAAUCGCGGCAGGCCAUUUCUGUGUGGCUGUUGGCGGUGGUUAAACACUGCAGCAACCGACCCGCUGUGCUCGGCAAGAAACAACUGCUGCAAUUUGCCUUUACCGAGCUGCUCUCUGACGACAGCGAAUUCGUGCAGGAUGUUGCUUCACGUGGCUUGGGCCUUGUAUAUGCGCUCUCAGAUUCAAACAGCCAAACCGAUCUAGCAAACUCUUUGCUCGAUCAGCUCAUCGGAGGAAAGCGACAGGUGAACCAAGUAUCGGGUGACACAGAACUGUUUGCCGAAGGUAUGCUGGGCAAGACACCAACGGGUGGCAACAUUACCACCUAUAAAGAACUGUGUUCCCUGGCAUCAGAUCUGAAUCAACCGGACAUGAUAUAUCAGUUCAUGCAGCUGGCCAACCAUAACGCCGCAUGGACUAGUAAAUUGGGAGCUGCAUUUGGGUUGAAGACGCUUUCAGCGGAGUCGCGUCAGAAGAUGCAGCCAUAUCUGGGCAAAAUUAUACCGCGCCUUUAUCGUUACAAAUAUGAUCCCACGCCCAAGAUACAGAACUCCAUGAUAUCCAUAUGGGACACCAUUGUCAUUGACUCCAAGGAGAUAACCGAGCAAUACUAUUGGGAAAUCCUGCGAGAACUACUCGACAAUUUAACAUGCACCGAGUGGCGUGUGCGCAUCGCAUGUUGUCUGGCUGUUCGAGAUCUGCUCAAGCGUCCAAAUGGGCUGCGUCUUCGUACCGAAGAGCAACUGCCAAUCGUUGCAUCAACAGCAGUCACGAAUAGUCCACGGCGUGUGACACCCGAGACCAUGGAUGUGGAUGAGCUACCAGAACCAGAGCUACGGGAACUUUGGUAUCAGCUAUUCCGCGUUAUGGAUGAUAUUCACGAAGGCACCCGCAUGACCGCCCAUGGCACAGCCGCCUUUCUCGGCAAGCUGUGUGUGUUGGCAUCUUCCUUGGAGCAUGGCAAGUCGGGCACAGCUGUUGCUGCCUCAAUUCUACCCUAUUUAUUGGAAGUGGGUGUGGGUCACAAGGUAGCCGACAUUCGCAAAGUCAGCAUUAAAACCAUAUCAGAUAUGAUUGACUCCUCUGGAGCCCUAAUUGCCCCACAUCUUGCCACGCUUAUACCAUGUCUUCUGCGAGCAACAGGCGAACUGGAGAACACAAAAUUAUCCUAUGUAUCUACCCGUCUGGGUGCUGAUAAUGAAGCACAAGAAGCCGUUGACAGCUUGCGUGCGGAGGCUGCCAAAUCCCAUCAUACCAUGGAGACGAUCAACAAGUGUGUGCGAUUCAUUGACUACCAAGUGCUAGAGCGAAUGACACCCGAGUUGCUGGAACUGAUUAAGACCAGCAUUAAUCUAGGCACCAAAAUUGGUUGCGCACAUUUUGUCUGCUUGAUCAGCAUUCGAUUGGGCAAAGAAAUGACACCGUUGGUAGGAAAAUAUCUGGGUGCUUGUUUCAGCGGACUCAAGGAUCGGAAUAUAACAGUCCGCAAAUACAAUGCCAGCGCUAUUGGCCAUCUCGUGGGUUUGGCCAAGGAGCAAUCAAUUAAAAAUCUUUUUGGCAAACUGGAUGAUCUGUACAUGGAGCAACCAACCAAUAGAUCGAUUCCGUUGACCAUACAAUCCAUAAACAAACGUCACCAUGAACUGCUUAAGGAUUACAUGGACUGCAUGUUGCCGCUCAUCUUCUUUGGCAUGCAUGAAGAGCAAACGGAGGAAAACAAGGCUAACAUUGAACUUUGGAAGGAUCUGUGGAAUGACAUUAGCCCCGGCGAUGCUGGCAUUCGUCUCAACUUGCAUGUAAUUAUACCCAAGCUGGAGUCGUCGCUGACUGACGCUAGCUGGUCGCGCAAGGCUCAGGCGGCCAAUGUCAUACAGAAUAUUGCCACACGCCUGAGCAGCUCAUUAGAGGAGGCAGAUCGAGUGCGCCUUAUUAAACUGCUGCUCAGCGGUCUACAGGGUCGCACCUUUGAGGGCAAGGAGCGUCUGCUUCAAGCUCUGGCCGCACUCUGCAAGAAUCUCGAUCGCCAGCACGAAAUAUGCGGCAACAUAAUUGAAGCCGCAAUGCGCGAAGCACGUAAACAGGAGCCACUCUAUCGAACAAUGGCAUUGCCUGCGUUGGGAGAUAUUUUGGAUGAGCUGGAGGCGGAUCGCUUUGAAGAGGUGUAUGACAUGAUCUGGUAUCUAUUGGAGAAAAAGGAGCUUCGUUCCGCUGACUCUGACGACGAUGAUGAACCCAGCAGCAGUACAGCCAAAAAGGAAUUAACCGCAGAUGAAAGGAAUAAGAAGGCUCAGACACUGAACAAGCUAAAAGAAGUAGUUUGGGAAACGCUAGGCAAAUCGUGGCCAAAGCAUGCCAUUAUAACACAACACAGAUAUCAGCUUUUCUUUGCUGAGAACUGCACCAGUAUACUUAGCGAGAGCACCCGUCCCGUUCAAGUCAGUCUCUUGGCCGCUCUCACCAAGUACGUGGAGCGUCUGUAUAUCUUCGAGGAAACAGCCAAGCUACCCGAGAUGCCAGUUGAACGCAAAAACCUGGAGAAGAAACCUAAAACAGAUGCGCCACCGCCGCUGCAAACGCGCGAGGCUAUCGUUCAGAAGAUCUGCAGUGAUGUCCUAGCCGCAGUCACUCUUGCAGCUGGUGUACCCCAUACAGGUCUCAAAAAGGAAGCCCUCAACAUUGUGUUGAUGCUCAUCAAACGCCUGAGCCCAAAACGAGAUCAGACAACUUUUAACCUGCUUAAGCAAAACUUUGAAAUGAAUCUAACAAAGUUUCAACGCGACUCCGCACCCGAGGUUCGUUGUCGCAUCAAGGAUAUCGAGGAAAAGCUUAACAAGCUGGAUCAAACCAAUUAAGGAGGAAUUAUGUAGAAACUAUUUUCGUCAACAAAAAUUGUGCAUCUGAAUUGUAAAUCCGAAUAAAUAACUAAUAUGAGGUUAUAUUUCAA